AUGAACUUGCCUGAAUCUGGUGAAGUUGAACUCAACAAAGACGGUUCUGUUAGCAAGAUGCGUGCUCAUAAAGGAAACAUGCCCGUCAGCUUGCCUCAGGACAAACUAUGUCCAUACUGUAGCGCCAGGUUCACGAGAACAACUCACCUCACGCGACAUAUCAAGACACACGCGACUCAACGCGAUUACCAGUGUCCGACCUGUCCAGCUUCGUUUACCAGAAGCGAUCUUCUUGCUCGACAUCGCAAGAUAUGUCAAGACCCAAACCGUCCCGGCAGACUCCGUUCGUGUAACCUCUGCAUCGAACAGAAAGUUAAAUGUGACCGUAAAAUCCCAUCCUGCUCAAGGUGUCAAGCCCGUGGCAAGCCUUGUGUCUUCGCUACUGGGCCACGGAAGAAAAGCAGACAUGUCGAGGUUGCAACCAUGUCAAAUGUAUCCCAAAACGCCGCGUCUUCAUCGAGUACUCUCCCGCAAUCACCACAUGAAUCAGUAACGCCAGCGGAGCCACCAUUAGAUCUAGAAUCUCUCAACAAAGAGCUUGACGCUGCUUCCGCCGAGUCGAAUAUUGCUGCAUCGCUGCCGCUUCCUGUGGACAGUCACCUGUCGCCGCACUACGAUAACGAUGCUUUCCAGCCCCUUUUCGCGGACGUGUUCGAUCCUGGAACAGAAAACGCUAUUUCACCCCCCAAAGAGGCAUUUCCAUUGCCUUUCCCGGUCCUCGAGGAGAUCCCUCGCCAUAGCACCAGCUUGAACCAGCCCUGGUUCCAAGAACUGAUAGCCUAUGAACAACGUCCAUUACUGGAAGAAAUGGCGCGUCAGAAGCUUGUUGAAGACUUCUUCACGCAACAGCUACAGUCCGCUGAUCCCAAACAUUAUCUCUACCUCUUCUUCAACGCUUGGACUCUCCAGUUACCUGUCGUACAUAGUGCAACGUUCAAAUUGGAAGACAAACCACUUUUCCUCACGAAGUGUAUGAAAGCUUGUGGUGCCGUCUUUGUACGAACUCGGAAGGCGUCCAACUAUAUCAAAGAGGCACUAGGCAUUGCUCGGGAGGGUUUGACUAUGGCGUUUGCACAAACUUCGAUAGAGCCGUCGACUCAGGUCUAUCUAAUCAUUGCAGUCGUACUCCUGCAAACUCUGGGUCUCUUUAACGAAAAAGCAGAAGAACGUAUUGCGUCCCAGAUGUACCACUCUCUAAUUGUCGCCAUGAUUCGCCGGACACAGUUAAUAUCCAGGACCCGCGACUGGCGACCCGAUCCUCUUUCAGAAAGUCCCUGGCAGGAUUGGGCUUUCUACGAGAUGACCAAGAGGGCAUUGUUGCUCUCGUACUUGCAUGAUUGUUGCCAGAGCAUCUACUUUGGGCUACCCCCAUCUUAUUUACCUCAAGAAGUCUCACUUCGCCUGCCUUGCGACGAACGCUUGUGGCAAGCUCAAAAUGCUGAGGAGUGGCGAUCUGUUCUCGUUACGCUCAACACAUCAAAUCCUUCCCAGAUCCCCCAUGAAUGCCUAGCAGGUCAUCCGCUCAACUCCGCGUUCUCAAACAUGGUACAGCUGCGGUCAGACUACCUUCCCGUCCCAAAUCUGAGCCCAUUCGCGCAUUUUAUCCUUAUCCAUGCCCUCCUUCGGGACCUCUUCGCUGCCUGUUUGGAAAGGGUCGAGCCGAAAUCCUUUUAUGAGCCGGGUGACAAGAACGCACCACACCAAACCAUUCUGACGACGCAGUAUGCGAUGCAUAACUGGUUGCAAAGCUGGAUCGCCAGCUCUGCCCCGAUUCGCACCCCCUUUGACGAGCUCCCACUUGCGGAGAACCCACUUCCGUUUUAUUGGCUGGCCCAAAUUGGCAUCUUGGCCCAUCAAGAAGGUUUGCCGCCGUUUGACUCCGCCGCGAAUGCGACGGGCGAGGUCAGGUUCAAGAUCAUGAAGCGAUGGUUGCGACGAAUUCGGACUUUUCUCGUGGAGGGGGACAACCAAACGACUGUUUUCUGGGACGAGCUCAUGAAGUUACGGUUACAGAACUGGCAGGCUGAGUUUGAGCUAGAUGGAGGGGGAGACGAUGAUGGCUUGUUGGGUUUCUUUCCAUCACUAGCGUGA